AUGCCUCGAUAUUCUAUAUUCUUUUUUUUUUUUUUUUCACAAUUAAUUAUUACUAGUCCUUAUACACUUGUUGGACGUGUUAGUCACACCGCAAGUUAUAUGGACAAUAAAAUUUAUUUUCUUGGUGGAAUGACAAAAAAAUAUAGUGGUACCAAUGAUUUUUUUUAUUUAGACGUUUCAAUACCUUUUAAUUUGGAUUCUACUUUACCAAUAGUUGAUUUAAGUAUCGAUGCUCGUCAAAUUUAUUCUCAUUCUAAUGGGAUAUCAACUAUUUGUGGUCCUAACAAAGAUACGAUCUUUCUAAUUUUUAGAAUUUCUGAAGAAGGUUUUUCUUACUACAAUUUUAUUAUUAAUGACCAAGAGUGGAUUCCGAGUACACUAGAAACCAAUGUUCGAUGGUCAUCAGCAGUUUGUAAUAAAAAUGGAUCAUAUAUAUAUGUAUAUGGUCGUUAUGAUGUUAAUAAACAUAUGAUGGCUAUUAUAGAUACUACCAGCUGGGGUUCAGUAUCGUCUGGUUUGAAUAUAACGUAUCUUGCUCCGGCGAUCUUAUUACCAGAUGGAAGAAUUGCUUAUAUCGGCAAAACACAAGAUGGCCUUAUUAUUAUUUAUGGAGGAGUAAACAAUAUAGGACCUGUUCCCGAUCAAAUAUCAGUUUUAGACACCAAAGUAGACCCUUUUACAUGGUCCAUUCCUAAUAUCGAUUAUGCACCUAGCUCUGCACCAUUCAGUGGACAUACGGCUACUCUUGUUGGAAAUUAUAUGAUUAUUGCAUUUGGAUAUUACCGUACUGCUACUACUAAAAGUACUGUUUUAAGUGAUCAAAUCCAUAUGAUUGACGUGAGAGAAAAAAAUAAUUACAAGUGGGUUAAAAAUUUUACUCCACUAGCCUAUCCAACUAAAUCACCUGGAGCAGCUCAUGCAGCAAUAAUAGGUGGAACAACUGGUGGUAUUGCAACUGUAAUAAUUAUUAUAUCUGUUAGUUACUUAUUAUAUCGUAAAAAGAGAACUAUUAUAUAUGCUCCCCAAGCUAAACAUGCAAUUAACUGUUAAGUUUUAUAGAAUGUUAGAUAGGCAAUAAAAUACACAUAUAACAUGAUUGAACAUACUAUAUGACCAGAUAUUUUAACCUUUUUAAAUUUGCUUCCUUCUAAUCUGUAAUAGUAAUUUUUUAUUUUAAAAAAAAUUAUUAUUUAAUUAAAAAAAUAUAUCGGGAAGUUUUCAGAUUU